AACUUAUGUAGAUAAGCCAGCAUAGCUGCAAUGGAAGACGAGGUGCCUUCUGAAUCAUGGACAUUGCAGGACGGAGAUAAAGCAUUAAUCGCUGCUAAAAAUCGCGCUGCAACGCGUCGUCCUGCUUCCUCCCCUAACCCCAAUAUCAGCAACUCAAACCAGCCCGUGACUGCUUUCUCGUCUGACCCUGAUGGCUAUUCAAAGCCCAUGUUUCCACUCUCACCUGAACGUGAUAGUAACUUAAAGUCCAGAGAAAGUCGUUUGAUUUCGCCGUCUCGUCGCAAGUCUGUCGCACAGCCUGCGUCGGGACGAAGUCGCACGAGGGGUAGCAGCAGCGGUAGCAAUGACGUAGUAAUGAUCGAUUCAAACGCGAAAAAGCGUGCGACUUAUCAGCGAAUUACUGACCGGAAUAGCAUGGUCGAUGAAACGCUGCCAGCGGGAAUUCAUGAUAGGGAUACUGCUGACGACACGAGUCAGCGUCGCAGCCAGCGAAACGGACAGGCAGCUGACCGAGCAACGGAUAGUAUUCAUUUCCCAGCGGAAGGUGCUCCGAAGGGGAUGACGGGAUCUAGUCAUAUUCAGAGCUCGAGCGGUCGAAUUGGGGACAACUCCGGGAAGGUAAGUGGUUCUAGAAUGGCUCACAGCCGGACUCGUAGCGUCGACUUAAGCGUUGUUCUGUGCAGGCCUAUAACGGAGAUAGAAGUGGUGGAGCGCUGGGGCGGAACCUCACUGAAUCGAGCCUUAUCCGGUGCAGCACGGUCAGACGGAUUAGGCGGAGCUCUCACGACCGUCGAUGCAGCCCCGAUGGACGGGCACGAUUCGUCACGUUCCGCAGCGGAUCAAUGGCGGAAGAACCCUAGCGCGUGGAUGGAGUUUAAGAGGGGGGAAUUUAGUCGAAGUGCUUCUAAGGAAACUGACUCUAGUGAAGGCGUGUCCUGGGCUGGCGACGGUGAGAAGGUCGCUCCUGUAGCGAGACGUGCUAGCGUCAACUCACGUUCUGAUCCAUCGGCGUCAAACCCUAACAUCCACCGGCGCACAAAAUCCUUUCAUCAUCAACCCAUCGUCAAGCCCAUAGCUGAUCUCUCACCCGCAACUUCAUCAACACCUUCAGGCGCCUACCCUCCUCCCGCGUCUCUCUUUGCCCGCUCCAGCACCACUACCACCACGCACUCCAGGGACUACUCUGAGUCGACUCAACUCACACCGACAGGUGUCUACCCUCCUCCCACGUCUCUCUUUGCCCGCUCUAGCACCACUACCGCGCACUCCAAGGUCUCGCUCCCCUCUCCCAGACCCCCGCUUCCUUCCCACACGCCCAGAGAGUCGGCUCUCUCACCGUUUUCUAGGUUUAACCGCUCGGAAUCCGCGAAAGUAGCUGCUGGUGGUAGUGCGGGUGCUGGUGCUGCUACUGCUGCUGCUGGUGCCUCAACUCGCGCUAGUGGUGGCGCUGGUGCUGCUCGCAUGCAAUCGUUGGGGCAGCAGCAGCACCUAGAGCUUCGGCAGCAGCAGCAACAGCAGCAGCGGCAGCAGCCGCUUCAGUGCAGUUCUCAUGAGUGUGGGAGUGAGAGCGAGAGCAGUCGGUCAGUUAGAAGUUCCCUCCACACGCGCAGUCAGAGCAGCACGCACGUCUCGAGCCAAAGCCUGACUGACGGAACAAGACAGCCGCAGCAACAGCUGACAGAGCAGCAGCAGCGGCAGCAGCAGCGUCCGGGCCGGCAGCAGCAUGGGUUUGAGAGUCAGAGCGAGAGCAGUCGGCCAGUAAAGAGUGGAGCUCACAGGCGCAGUCAGAGCAGUGCGCAUGUUGUCAGGCGUCACUUGGAUGAGUCACAAGGUCAGCAGCAGCAGCAGCAGCAGCAGCAGCAGCAUUUUGGGCAGCAGCAGCAGCAACAGCAGCAUGGGUCUGGGAAUGAGACCGAGAACGCCCAGUCAGUAGUGAGUGCAAGGCACAGCCGCAGUCAGAGCAGCGCACUCGUCUCCAGAGGCUACUUGGAUCAGUCACUAGGUUAUCGACAUCAGCAACAGCAGCAGCAGCAGCAUCCGGGACGACAUCAGCUACAGCAGCAUGGGUUCGAGACUGAGAGCAAGAGCAGUCAGUCGGUAAAGAGUGGCAGCCACAGGCGCAGUCAGAGCAGCGCACUUGACCCCAGAGGCUACGUGGACCAGCCACUAGGCCAGCCGCAUCAGCAAAAGCUGCAGCAUUUGGAGUGGAAAUCGCCGCCGCCGCCGCCGCAGCAGCAGCAGGAGCAGCAGCAGGAGCAGCAGCAGCAGCAGCAGCAUCAGCAGCAUGCGGGACGACGGCAACUACAGCGGCAUGGGUCUGAGAGCGGGAGUGGUCAGUCGGAAAAAGGUGCAAGCCACAGGCGCAGUCAGAGCAGUGUGCGUGCCUUCAGCCGAUGCUCGUCUUCCCCAGUUGGGCAGCUGCAUGACCAGCAUCCCUGGCAGCGACCGCAGCUGCAGGAUCAGCAGCAGCAGCAGCAGCAGCAUCAGUGGCGACAGCAGCAGUGGCACGCGGAUGCAGGUGGUUUGAGAGGGCGGCACCGCGCCUCUCAGUCCCUGCAGCUUUCCCUCGAUGAUCCAGCAGCAGCGAGCAGGUGGGGGGUUGAGGAACAGGCGCAGGAGCUGCAGGCACGACAGGCAGGACAAUUGGCACAACUGCCGGGAGCAGGAUUGACACAACUGCCGGGAGAACGAUUGACACAACUGCCGGGAGAACGAUUGACACAACUGCCGGGAGCAGCAUUGACACAACUGCCGGGAGAACGAUGGCCAGCUGACGUAACAGAUGGGUGGGAGGGAUCAGUUGGAGGCGCUAAUUUGAGCAGUGGAUCUCCUGAGGCUGCUUUUCUGAGAAGGCACGAGGCAGGAGACGAGGGGUCAAGCGCAGCAUCCGGAGCAGACAGAGCAUGGGGGGAAAAGCGGAUUAGGACGGCUAGAAUGAGCAUUGACCAUCUCCCAAGCCCGCUGUCUCGAGUUGGGCCUAGAUCACAACAGGGGGUUUGUUCAAGAGCUGAGCGCUUGACUGACAGACUGCUGACUGACUCUGAUGACGUCUUGACGGAUUCUGACGUAGGUUUAGAUGGCACUGCCGGGCUGAUGACAGCUGACGUGGCAGUACAUGUUGGAAUGGGAGAGAUUGGUGGACAUUUGGUAGGGGCCCGGAGUUUUGAUGGGCCAGGGGGAUGGGGAGGAGAAGGAUUGAGAAUACCGGCAGCAGAGCAAGCAGGGGAGAGUGAGAGGGACCUUCUCUCUCCCAGCGAUGAUGCAGCCCCUAUUGCUACGCCUGUGUAUGGCCCCAUGGUUCCGGGGCAGUGGGAGGAGAGAAGCAGGGAAGCAGAGGAAGAAUCGGAGCACCGGCAGGAGGGGGACGUUGAGAUGGACGGUGGGUUUGAGAUGGCGGACGGAGUAGAGAAGGAUGCAUUACACGAGGAGCAGUGGUUCGGAGGUGGCGGGGAUGCUGGUUUGGGGGCCAUUGAAUCGCGGUUGGGAGGAGCUGAUGAUGAUGAUGAUGGCGAAGGGAGUGACAGUGGGGAGAGUUGCGUCGUAAUGGCUGAUGUGGUGGAAGUGGUGGGAGUGGUGGGAGUGGAGGGAGUGGAGGGUGGGAGAGGAGGGGAGGAAAGGCGAGUGGAGGCGUGGGAGGGGGGGCAGGAGGACGAGGAGGAAGAGGAAGAGGAGGCGGGGGAGGAGGAGGCUAAGGAUGCAGAGGAGGAGAUUUUAGUGGGGCCAGAGCACUGGGAUGGGGAGAUGGAGACAGAGGAGGAUGAGGAGGAGGAAGAGGAGGAGGAGGAGGAAGAGGAGGAGGAGGAGGAGGAAGAGGAGGAAGAGGAGGAAAGGGAAGUGGUUGAGGAAGUGGUGGGGGUGGAGGGUUUGAGGAGCAGAAGCAAGCUGUUUCUUGGAGGCAAGGCUGGUGCGCAUGGGGGAACGGACAGCCAGCAGCCGGGAGGAGCAGGAGAAGCAGAGAGGCCAGAGGACCAUACUGCAGCAGAUGCUACCAGUGAAGGGGCCGCUGCCAUAACCAGCACCGGCACCAGCAGCAGCAGCACCAGGAGCAUUUCUGGGCUCAGAGUGAGGUCUUUUGCUGCUGUCAAGGGAGCAAGGGGGGGGAUCUCGUCAGCAGCUGCCAAAGCAGCGGCUGGGAUCAGCUCAGGCGCGCGCAACGUUGCUGCAAGCGUGGCUGCUGCAGCAGCGGGGGGGAUCAAGGAAGGGGCAAUGAAUGUGGCAGGAACCGCAGUAGCAGCGGCAACGGCCGCAGCAGGAGGGAUUCGAGAAGUGGCUGCUGAAAUCAAGCAUCGAGCAGACGAGGCGGUGGCUGAGGUGGCUGCAGGCACUACCAAGCUGCAAAGGGUGCAUAGCGUUGAGGAAAACGAGGAGUAUGGCGGUCAGGAGGAGGAAGGGUUACGGAGUAACAGCUUGAGUAAGAGCAAGAGCACGGAUGCAGCCACUAGCGUGAUCCGACCCAGCCCGAGUUUCCUUAAGAGCAGCACCGUUACUAGGAGUAAGACCCACGACAGCAGCACCAUCAGGGCCCCAGCUCACAGCAGCCGAAGCAGCAGUGUCAGCAGCAGUCCGGUUCUCCCAGCGAGCCUCGGUAGGAGUAGGAGCAGCGGGAAGGAGCGAGACACGCCCCGCACCUUCACAGAAGGUUCCUUCGAUGCGGAGUCUUUCCUGGAAGGUUCGUUCGGCGCGGACUCGCUCCCGAGGUGCUCUUUCGAUGCAGCCUCUUUUCACUCCAGCCCGGCCCAUACAGACUUGUUUAACCCUGAUUUUUUCAGUGUAGAUUUCUCAGGUGAUCUUGGUAAUAGCGGGUCUCUCAAUAGAGGGGAUUCCAGGAGGGCAGCCUCACUCCCUCGUAAGGAGUCCAGAGGCAACCUGCUGGUGAGAGGGAGCGCUGCUCUGGUGGCUAGGAGUGCAACCACGGCUUCGCUUAUGGCCAGAGCUGAUUCAACAGCUGUUGCGAUGACACGAAGCGACACAACGGCUGUUACUGCGGUGAGACGAAGUGACACAACCGCGGCUACCACCAUGACACGAAGAGACUCCUCUGCCACUGGCGCGUCGUUUCCCAGCAGCAGCAGCGUUAUGGGGGGAGGCCUCUUGGGAAACUUAGGCGCCCGUCACGCUCCCAAGGGGCGUUCUGCCAGACUAUCAGGGGAAUUUACCCAUUCCAGUUUUGACGAGAUGUUUCCCAGUCCCGACAGCGCUCCUCUGUCCCCUGAGGAUGCCCUCUUAGCUCUCUGGGAGGUGGAGGGGGAGGAAGGGGGAGACGGAGGGGAGAACGGUAAGGGGAGGAUGAAAGGCCCUCACUCGCGCCGUCUGAAUGCUUCGGGUCUUGCUAUAGCCGGGGCUGCUGCCGAAGCUGCGGCUGGGAUCACGUCCGGGGCCCGGACCGUUGCCGCAGCUGCGGCAGGGGUUCGGUCCGGAGCUAAGAAUGUAGCCUCGGCGGCAGCUGGAGGAGCUAAGAAUGUAGCUUCGGCAGCAGCAGGGGGGGCAAAGAGUGUGGCUACUGCUGCAGCGGGGGGGAUAGCAUCGGGAGCAAUGAAUGUGGCAGGAGGGAUCAAGGGAGGGGCGAGGAACGUUGCUACAGCGGCAGCAGCCGCAGCAUCGGGGAUAGGGUCUAGGGUAGAGAAUAUGGCUAGAGGGCCGGGGGGGUCGAGUCUGAGUGGCAGUAUGGCAUUGCUGGGUGGGAAUGUGGGGAACUGCUGCAAGCAGGCGCCGAGGACAGAGACGUUUGGGCACAAUGCGUCUUUUGUUGAGAGUGUGGCGGACAUUGUGUUUGGGAAGGACGACCCGCGCUAUGUGACGAGUUUGGGUGUGACUGUGACUGAUACCCUUGCAAGCACAGACACGGGGUUGGUUCUCUGGGCAGUAUCCAGCAGUGCUGUGGCAGCAGCCUUUUCUAGCAGCAGCAUGGGAGGGGAUGCUCCUGCUGCGGGUAAUGCAGCAGUGCCGCAUGCAGUCAGCAGCAGCAGUGUUGCGGUAACCAGCAGUUUUGCAGUAACCAGCACUUUCGCUGAAACCAGCAGAGCAACGCUGACCCCAUACAGCAGCCGGGAAGCUAUGGCUGCCCCAGUGGGUGCUGUUCGCAGCAAGCAGGGCAGGCGGGCAGUGGCGGCUUACCAGGUGCCGCUAUCCAAGCGCAUCAGAACAAUGUUAGGUCGACACCAUCAGGUGGGGGCAGAUGAAGGCAUGGGAGUGGGAGUGGGUGAUGAGGGCACGAGCACAGGGUUGGAUGAGGGCACAGCGGCGGGAGUGGGUGAGGGCGUGAUGCUGCGUGUGUCUAAGUCCCUAGGGGACGAGGGACAGCAGCAGCAGCAGCAGCAGCAGCAGCAGCAGCAGCGGGUGAUGCUAAGGGCCAAGUCCGAGGGUAGGGGUGUUGCCUCGUCUUUAUCCUCCUCAUUGCUUGCUUCGGUUGAGCGCUCCGCAUCCGAUUUCGUGUCCAGCAGUUCUGUUUCAAACGGUCGCCUGGGUUCGAGGAAGCGGCUGCAUGAAGUGUUUCUGGAGCAGCAGCAGCUGGAGAAGCAGCAGCUGGAGCAGCAGCAGCAAAAGGAGCAAAGGGGUGGUGGCCUUGAGGUGUUGGGGCGUGGGGGUGAAGGUGAAACAUCAGCAGCAGCAAACCGGCAUUUCGAGGAAGACCAGCAGCAGCAAAGGCGGCUCCGGAGUCGUGGCUUGGGCCGGACAGCAGUGCACCCUAGGCAUUGCAUGUCAGCUGGAUCCGUCCCUUCUCUUCAUGCUGCCGCAGAUACUGCUUUACUUGUUGGUGGAGAUGCUUUCUCAGGUGCUUUCUCAGGUGCUUCAGCAUCCUCUGGCAGCUCUCUAAUCCCCCACCGCUUUCUCUUUCAAGAGCCUCCAGCCACCAGCAUUCGCCGCGUUACCAGCAGCAACAGCAGGAGCAACAGCCGCAGGAACAGCAAUCCUCCAGGCCACACUGGCAGCCCUUGUUGGCUGCAUAAGAGCAGCCCUAAUAGGCUCCGUAAAAGCAGCAGCAGCAACGGAAAUAGCAGCAGCCAGUUUCAACAGGAUAGCGCCCAGCUCAUGGCUGCAAGUGAUGCUGCUGCUAAUAAUGCUGCUGCUGCUAUUGAUGCUGCUGCUAAUGGUGCUCCCGGUGCUAUUAUUGUUGCUGACGGUGCUGCUGCUUCUGCUGCUGCGGAUGGCGUUGCUGCUGGAUCUACCAGUGCACCAACGUCUCCCCUGCUCGAAGCAUCGCCCCGCCUCAGUCGCUCCAAGUCCUCUGGGGCUGCAUUCGAAGCUGCCACAUCCGGCGAUGAUUCUCCAGCACAGCAGCAGCCAGUAGAAAACAUGCAAUCACAGCAGCAGCAGGGGCAGCAGCAGGGGCAACAGAAGCACAGAUUGCAGAAGCUCAGCUCUCGUUCGCAGCGUGACUUAGUUCCGUCCUCCUCCUCAGGGGUAUCACUUCAGCCGUCCUCCUCCCUCUCCUCCUCUUCCCACGCUGCUCCCCCCUCCGCCCAGCACCGUGCUGUUGACCUGACCUCCUCCUAUCCCCAGUUUAAGCGGGAAAUUGCCAGAAUCCGCUGCCUGGCGUCUCUUAAACCCUCUACCUCCGUUGCUACCGCUGCCACUGCUGCUUCCACUGCCUCGCUGCCCCAUAGAAAGCACCCCAGGGAGCGGUGGCAGGAAUGGGCGGAGAGAGUGAGAGGAAAGGCAUCCCUGCAGGACAAGGAGCAGAUGCAGCAGGGGAGGGAGGAGCAGCAGCAGCAGCAGCAGCAGCAAGUGCAACCAGGGCUUAACGGCAGCGCGAGUGCUCAUGUAACUCUGAACAGAGGGCGUUCAGAGCUCUUCUCUGAUCACUCAUCACCAGCUAUUCCCUCAGAUGGCAUCCCCAUGGGCCAACUGAGGCGCAGCAGCAGCAGCAGGCACGUUCGCCAUUCUCACUCCCAUACCACACGUGCUGGUUUUAAGUCCCCCUCCUCUUCUCAUCUCUCCUCUGCAACAGUCUCCGCACCACCCGCAGGCUCCAACCCUCGUCUCCCCUCUCAGUUGCUCCCUCCUCUGCUCCGGUUCCUCUUUGAACCUGGGCCCCCUCCGAACCCCUCACUGCCUGCCCGUGCUGACCUGCUUAGGGCCAAGGCUACAGGGUUGUCGUGGGUUGAGCGGAGGGAGCUGUCUAUUAGAGGGCUGAUUCUGAGGCCAGAGGAGGAGGAGAAAGUUGCAGAGGAGGAUCAGAAGGGUGGGGAACACGGGGAGGGCAAGGGAGGGAGGAGUGGAAGGGAAGAGGAUGUAGUGGGAAGGGGGGGUCCGUUGGGUGAGAUGGGUGAAUGUGUAGAAGAAGGAAGGGGAGAGGAAGAGGGAAGGGGAGGGGGAGAGCGAGAGGAGAGGGGAGAGGGAGAGAGUGAGCGGAGUAGGCUGGUGCGGGAACAGUUGAUGCUGCAGCUUGCAGUGCAGGAGAGGGAGGAAGAGGUAAGGAGGCAGAUGCUCUUAGAGAAGCAGGGAGGAGAGGUGCAGAGGGCUUGUGAUUGGGGGGAGGUAGAUGGGCGAGAUGGAGAAGAGAAUGAGAUGAAGGGUCCUGCUGCUGUGGGGCUGAGUUCAGAUUCUGUUGAGUCUCCUGUUGGUAGUUAUGCUGCUGCUGGUGAUGCUGCCGCCACUGCUGCUGUUGCUGCUGCUGCUGCUGCUGCUAGCGCAAGUGAUGCUGUGGGUUCUAGGGCUGCUGCUACCCCAGCCACCACUGCUGCUCCCAGAUUGCGAUCGCUUUCUCGGCUAUAUGCCACCCGCCGCCGCCCGUCUCAAGAUGGCAGUUUCGGCAGCAAGCGGAGUGUGGGAAGCACCCACCACAGUGAGAGAAGUAUAGGAGAGGAGGAGGGUGGGGAUGGGGAGGAGGAGGAGAGGGAGGGCAGAGCAGAGAGAGAUGAGAGUGAUAAGGCAAGUGACCAGAGUGGGAUGGAGAGUGAGAAAGAGGAGGAUGAGGAGGAGGAUGGGGAGGAGGAUGGGGAGGAGGAGGGAGAAAAGGAGGUGGAGGGUUUAACAGCAAGGGAAGAGGCAAUGAUGUUGCUCUGGGUGCUGCCUGGUACAGGGAGCGAGGAGGAGGAGGAGAGGAGGAAGUUGAAAAUACGGCAAGCACUGGCAGCAGCAGCAGGAGGAAUCGCCACGGGGGCUUUAACUGUGGCGGGGGGGAUCAAGGGAGGGGCAACAGCCGGGAUGAGGAACGUGGCGACAGCUGCAGCAGGGGGGAUUGGAGGGAUAAGGGGAGGGGCGAGGAAUGUAGCGUCAGCAGCAGCAGCAGCAGCGUCAGGGAUAAGGUCACACAGCAUGGCUCUUCCACGAGGUGUGACUAUGGGCGCUGGUGAUCAUAACGGGGUUAGGGAAGGUGAAGGAGGAGGAGGAAGAGCGAGAGGAGGAAUAGGAGGAGAGGUAACCCUGGGGAGGGUGAAGGGGACAGUCAUGGGGCUGAGCAGCAGGGGUAUCCCGAGAAUGGAAACCUUCAGGGCAACUAGCCCCAAAUCUCCCAGGGUUUUCCACAAUCCGCCCAGCAUUUUCCGGCAGAAAUCUGCAGGUGCUGCUGAAGAGGCCGUACUCGUUACAAGGGGCCGCGUUACAAAAGGCAGUGAGGGGACGAGGGUGGCCCGAAGUAAGAGUGCAGACCAGAGGGGUGUGAGAGGCGAGGUGGCAACUGGCUCUGAGGCGCUUCAAAAUCUCGGGAGGUCUCACUCGGGGGAGGUGGUGCUUGGCGCUGCUGGCCUCCCGAAGCUUAUGCGGGAAUACGAUGCCGAUGGUGAUGAUGACUAUAGCGAGGAUGAGGAUGAGAGUGACGUUAAUGAGGGUGAUGUUAACGAGAAUGGCAAUGACGAGGAUGUGGGUCGGGGCAGCAGUGAUGCGCUCUGGUGGGGUGGCUACGAGGAGGAGGAGGAGGAGGAGGAGCUGAUUCUUGAUGAUGCAUGUGAAGAUUCAGGUGAAACUUCAGGUGAGUCCUCGCGUAAUCCGCUUGUCUUUCGGGCUACACGAGAAGGGGAAGAGGAAGGUUCGGGGAGAGGCUUGGAAGAGGGAGGUUCGGGGGAAGGUUCGGCGAGAGCAUUGGGUCCAUGGGGUGCUCUGAAGAAGCUCAGCAGCAGGAGGAGAGAUGGAGGGUCGAGAUCUUCUUUCGGCUCCGAUCUAGCGUCCGUCAAUGAAGAGGAGUUGGAGGAGGGAGGGGAGGUGAGUGAGGAGGAGAGAGAGGUGAGUGCGGGGGAGAGGGAGGUGAGGGAGGAGGGGAGAGAGGCGAGGGAGGAGGGGAGAGAGGCGAGGGAGGAGGGGAGAGAGGCGAGGGAGGAGGGGAGAGAGGCGAGGGAGGAGGGGAGAGAGGCGAGGGAGGAGGGGAGAGAGGCGAGGGAGGAGGGGAGAGAGGCGAGGGAGGAGGGGAGAGAGGCGAGGGAGGAGGGGAGAGAGGCGAGGGAGGAGGGGAGAGAGGUGAGCAAGGAGGGGAGAGAGGCGAGUGAGGGGAGGAGAGAGGAAAAUGAGGGGGGGAGAGAGGUGGGGGAACGAGGAGAGGUAGAGGAGAGAACAGGGAUGAAAGGAGGGGAGAUGGAAGCAACUAAGAGUGACGGGGAGGUGGGGCGGAGAGAGACAGAGGAGGGAGGGAGAGAUAAAGAGGAGGGGGGGGGAGAGACGGAGGAGGGGAGAGAGACGGAGGAGGGGAGGAGAGACACAGAGGAAGGGGGGAGAGAGACAGAGGAGGGGGGGAAGUGCUUUUGGGAAUCUGAAAGGUUGCAGGAAGGAGAGUCAGAGAAGGGUGGGAAGGUGGAGGAGAGAGGGGUGGAUGGGAGAAGAGGGAUGGAGGAGGGGAAGCAGUUGGAAGAGGGUGGGGAGACUGUGGGGGAAGUUGUAAUGGACGGGGAGGAGUUGGAGGGGACCAGGGAGAGAAAAAGGGGGGAGGAGGGAGAGGAGGGGGAGGGGGGGGAGGAAAGACAAGGAGGGGAAGAGAGGAAGGAAGUGAUGUUGGGGACAGAUGCAGCAGUGGUAGCUGAGGCACUAGUAAAAGCAGUUGGGGGAGCAGCAACCAUGCCGGAAGCAGCAGAAGCAGCAGGGGCAGAAGCAGCAGGAGCAGAAGCAAGAGAAACAGAUGCGGCAGACACAGCAGAAGCAGCAGAAGCAGAAGAAACAGCAGAAGCAGCAGAAGGUGGAAAGGUGGAGGAGGAGAAGGGGGUUGAUGGGAGGAGAGGGAUGGAGGAUGGAAAGGAGAGGGAAGAGGGUGAGGAGGCUGAGGAGGAAAGUGUUAGGGAGGGGGAGGAGUUGGAGGGGCCUGGGGAGAGUAGAGGGGAGGAGGAGAGAGAGGGUGAGGAGAGGGAGGUUGGGAAAGAGGGGAAGGAGGGAGGAGGGGAGGAGAGGAGAGAAGGGAUGGUGGGGAUCGAUUACAGUGCUCAUUCCAGUCUAUUUGCAGCUCCAGCGGUGGCUGAAGCAGCAGUGGUAGCAGUUGGAGGAGCAGCAGCAAUGGCAGAAGCAUCAGGAGCAGCAGAAACAGCAGAAGAAACAGAAGAGGCAGAAGCAGCGGAAGAAGAAGAAAGAGCAGAAGGAGCAGAACGAGCAGGAGUAACAGAAGCUGUUGGGGAAAUCGCAGUAGUGGCGGAAACAGCCGAAACUACAGGAGAAGCAGACGCAGUUGGGGAAGCAGGCGGAGUUGCAGCAGCAGAGGAGGUUGAGGAGGAAGCAGCAGCAGUAGCCGAAAUAGGGAUUAUUGAAUCAUCGUUCUUAGUUGUACCAACUGCUGCUGUGACUGCCCCAGAUGUACCUGACCCAGAUGUAUCAGCUGCACCUGCUUCGGAUGCACCUGCUUCAGAUGCACCCGCUUCGGAUGCACCUGCUUUGAAUGCAUCUGCUUCAGAUGCACCUGCUCCAGAUGCACCUGCUUCGAAUGUACCUGCUUCGAAUGUACCUGCUUCGGAUGCACCUGCUUCGGAUGCAUCUUGUUUGGAUGCACCUGCGUUGGAUGCACCUGCUUCAGAUGCACCUGCUCCAGAUGCACCUGCUUCAGAUGCACCUGCUUCGGAUGUACCUGCUUCGUCGGAUGCACCUGCUUUGGAUGCAUCUUCUUUGGAUGCACCUGCACUGGAUGCACCUGCUCCAGUUGUUCCUGCUUCGGAUGCACCUGCUUCGGAUGCACCUGCUUCAGAUGCACCUGCCACGACAAAAUGCCGAAUUGGGUCGGCGGUUGCAGCAGCAGUGGCGGCAGGGGAUGUGGUGAUAAGUGAGGGCGCAGUAGGGGCAGCAGAUUUAGCAGGAGAGGCAGAGCAGCCAGUGCUGGAGCGAACACACGAGCUGUCUGGCAGGAGAGGAUCAGACGCAGCCACAGGAUCAGGGGAAACUAAGGACGGGACUUUGCAGGAAGGUGCUGGGGAGCAGAGGAGUGUGGAAGAUGGGAGUGUGGAGGGAGGGAGUGUGGAAGAAGGGAGUGUAGGCAAGGGGGGUGUGGAGGAAGGGAGUGUGGGCAAAGGGAGUGUGGAGGAAUGGAGUGUGGGCAAAGGGGGUGUGGAGGAGAGUGGCGGCGUUGCAGGGAAGAGGGUGAAGGCCAAGGGGAAGAAAGGCGAGAAGAAGGCGCUGCUUAAGGCUCCUUCCAGGAAGAUUCACCGGCAGGAGUCAAGAGAUGGGGAGGACGCUCCUGAUUCUGAUGCAGGGGUAAAGGGAAGGAAGGGCCACACCCACAGGAAAGCGCACAAGAGUCAGGGUAAAGAGGCACAUCACACUCACCAGCAGGAGCAGCGGCAGCAAGGGAAGGGACAGGAUCAGCAGGAGCAGCAGCAGCAGCAGCAGGAGCAGCAGCAGCAGCAGCAGCAAGAGGUGCAGCUGCUACCAAACGUGACAAUUCGUCACUCGCUGCCGACAGGAGAGCUGGUAGCAACGCCCCAGCACCUCUCCAUCCCUGCUGCGCCCUUGUCCCCCACCAGCGCCACCAGCACGCCUCACAGCAACGCCUCCUCGCCCGCCUCCCCUGCUGGAACCGCUGCUGCUGCUGCUGCUGCUGCUAGUGCGGGCACUGCUGCUGGUGUUAGCGUUUCCGGUGAUACUAUUGGUGGCCCGGGUGCUGGUGGUGUGAGUAAUGAUGCCAUCGCUGCUGCAGGGAAGAAGGCAGGGAAGGGGAAGAAGAAAGCCGUUCAUCUACCGGCUAUUGGCGAGGCGGAAGGCAGUGACAGUGAAGUGAAGGAGGGGCAAAAGAAGCGGAGUACCAAGAAGCACUUGCACAGGGGAGCGUCAGUGGCAUCAGCUGCAUCGGCAGACUCCCGGGCAUCUGUAGCAUCUGUAGCAUCGGUAGCAUCGGUAGCAUCGGUAGCAUCAGCAGCGUCGGUAUUUUCAGCAGCAUCGGCAGCAUCACUCGCGUCUGCAGAGUCAGGAGAAUCAAGUGCAAGUACAAUCUCGUCUGGUAGAGCCAGAAAGUCACCCGGUAACAAGUCACCAGUUACCCUCACUGGCGCUGGCAGCACCAAGCCCCACCACAGAGCCCCUGUGCCCAAGUCCCAGUCCGUGUCUCCCACACCCCGCUCACUACACAGCUCCCCUUCUGAGGCGCCUAAAGAAUCGCCCUCUGUAGAUAGUUGUGCUGCUGGAAUUGGAGCGUCAUCAGGUGGACGCCCACCUGUGGCCGAACCCACUGUCAAGCUUCAAGCGUCGCCCAGCAGCAAACGACGGUCCGUGGACGAUUCUAGCGGUACUCGGAGCCCCCCCGUGCGAAGGAUGAUCCCCCAGAGCGUGAGCGCCUCGCAUGCGUUUGUUGUUGAGAGCAGCAGCAACAGCGGCAGGAGCGUCUCACCUGUGGGCUUCCAAAAUCCGCCGGGGCGGGGGCAUGCUGAUGCGCCUCGGCUCCCGCCUGUGCCUGGUCCUACUCACAGUCCAAGGAGAAGGCCGUCUGUGGAUGACCCUACUGGCAGGCCAGGAUCCCCAGUGGCCCCAGUGGCUCCAUUCUCCCCCUCAGGCCGACGGCUCUCAUUUGAUGACUCAAGUGGCACUCGGAGCCCCCCCGUGCGAAGGAUGAUUCCGCAGAGCAUGAGCGCCUCGCAUGCGUUCGCUGUUGCCAGCAGCAGUGCCUCACCUGUUUCAGUUAGUGGCUCUCCGACGGGCAACAGAAGGUAUGCAGAUUACUCUAGUGGCACUCGGAGCCCCCCCGUGCGGAUGCGAAUCCCCCAGAGCAUGAGCGCGUCGCAUGCUGCUGCGCAGGAGGAGGGGCGGAGGGAGGAGGAGGAAGAGGAGUGGGGGGGUGGUGCAGGGAAUGGCGAAGGGAGGGGUGAAGGGGAGAAGGGGGCUGUUGUAUCGAGCAAGAAGAAGGGUGGUGUGUUGAGCAAGGGCGGUGUGUCGAGCAAGGGUGGUGUGUCGAGCAAGGGCGGCAUUGGGAAGAUAUUGAAGGGGCUGGAUUCGUCGAUGGGGAAGCUGCUGAAAGCCGCUGGUGGGAAGAAGAGUAAGGCUCACCACACUGUCGCUGCUGCUGCUGAUGCGGAUGCCAGUGCUGCUGCUGCUUCUGGCAGUGGUUUUGCUGCUACUGCUGUAGAGGCUGCUGCUGAAGCGGGCGAUUUGCCUGCAGAGGAGAGGGUAGCAGCGAAGGUGAAACGAACGAUGAGCAAGAAGGGUAAGGAGGGGAGGAAGGGGGAGGAGGGAGAGAUGGACGGUAAGGGGGGUGUGGCAACAGGGAGCAGCGAAGCGGCAAAGGAGGAGGGGGGGAAGAAGAGGAUGAGUCGGAUGAUGAGUGAGGUAAAGGCAGAAGGGAAGGACGAGGGCGUGGAGGGAGGCGAGUGGAAGGCGAGCCGAACGCUUAGUAAAGUGGAGGGAAAGGGGAAGGAGGGGAGGGGGGGGAAGGAGGGGGCGGAGGGGACGGAAUGUGAGAGUGGAGGAGAGGAGAAGAGCAGAGACGACAAGAAAGUGAGCAGAACGCUUAGCAGGAUGAAGAGAGAGGGGAAAGCGGUGGGGGAAGAGGGUGAGAAGAAGGCAAGCAGGACGCUGAGCCGAGUUAAAAGAGAGGGGAGGGAGUCGGAGGAUGAUAGUGUGAAGAAGAUGAGCCGGACGCUGAGUAGGAAGAAGAUAGGAGACGCGGGGGUGAUGAGGGAGGAAGUGGAGGAGGAUGCAGAAAAGAAGAUGAGCCGAACUCUGAGCAGGAAAAAGAGAGCGGAAGAGGGGAUGAAGGAGGAGGAGGGGGAGGAGGAGGAGGGGAAGGACAGGAAGGUGAAGAGGUCUUUAAGCAAGAUGAAAAGGGAGGAGGUGGAGAGGAGUGGGGAUUCGGAGGUAGAGGUUGAGGCAAAGAAGCAUGAAGUUAAGGAAGUGCAGCACGGAGCUAAGGAGGAGAAGAAGGCGAGUCGGACAUUGAGUAGGAUGAAGCGGGAAGGGAAGGAGGAGCAGGAGGAGGAUGUAGAGAGGAAAGCGAGCCGGACGCUUAGUAGAGUGAAGGGAGAGGAGAAUGGGGUGGAGGAGGGUGGAGAGAAGAAAGCAAGCAGGUCGUUAAGCAGAGUGAAGCAUGAGGAGAAGGAAACUGCGGCAGUUGAGGAGAAAAAAGCUAGCAGGACACUGAGCAGAGUGAAAAGGGAAGGCGGGCACAUGGAGGGGGAUGGGCAUGGGGAGAAGAAGGCAAGCAGAACUCUAAGCAGGGUGAAGAGAGACGGAAACGAGGCUGCAGGUGGUGGUGGUGGUGGGGAGAGCAGCACGCGCAAAGCCACUCGCAGCAGCAGCCACGGGCGUGAGGCUUCUCAUGCGCAUGAGGCCACUCACAGGCGUGUGAACUCCCAUGGCCAUGACAGCUUUCACAGCCACGCGAGCUCUAGAAGCCCAGGGAGCAAGGGGGGACAGGAGCCAGCAGAGGGAAAGACAAAUGUGAGAGAGGCGGAGGGGAGGAAAGCUGCUCGCACUCUGAGCAAGCGAAGGUCUGAGGGGACAGAGAAAGGCACCGGGAAGGGGAAGAAGGUGGAGGAAUCUGCAGAGGAGAAUCAGCAGGGGAGGGCUCCCAGGCCUAGGACGGCUGAUAGUGGCGGAGUGGGCGGUGGGGGAUGGGUGCAGCUAGGGUUACCAAAGCACGGAGUUGUAACCAUGGGACUGCAGGACCAGCUGUCGCCUCCUGUUUCGACGGUUUCAAGCGGAAUCUGGAAGGCCCUAUCAUCGUUUGCCACGUCGCCGCGUGCCAGCUCGUCGCAUGCCAUGCCGUAUGCCACGUCGCCGCUGAUGUCACCGACUGGGUCAUCGCCUUUUGCCACCCCUCCUCUGGGCUCGCCCACCCCUCCUAGAUCACCUCCGUUAAAGUCACCCACUCUCAAGUCGCCCACUCUCAAGUCACCCAAAAUGAAGUUACCCUUCAUGGAAUAUGGCAAGACCCCCAAGCUGAGCAAGAGCAAAUCGGCUAAGGCGAGUGGUGACAAGGAGGAGCGGGAUCGGGAAAAGGAGGACAAGGAGAAGGGGAAGAAGAAAAAGGAGAAAUCGAAGGGAAAGGGGAAGGGGGACCAGGGAAAUGGUGAGAAGGCAAGGGCUAAGAGCCCUAUGAAGGGUGUAUGAAGUUAGUAGGGAAGGGGAGAUGGGUAGUGAAUAAUGAGGAGCACCACCACCAUUUAGAAGAGCAUUUGCGUACGGUAUCUCUUGCCAAGGCAUGGCCCAACUUGUAACCCAAAUAUGGGUAUAGGUUGCCUUUUAUAUAAAUCAAGGCAAUGCAUACAUACUGCAUUGGCGAUUGCAGUG